UUAAAUGAUUUAGGGGAGAAAUUAGGUAAGAAAUUAAAUGGAAGUACAACAUAUAAAAUACACUCGGAUGGGUACGUAGACUAGACUCGUAUUGUCCUCCUCCUCUUCCUCAGUUGUUGGUGUGAUUAGAGUCUGAACAACAUGGCGACAUCGACAUCAAUCUCAAAGACACUCAUUCCCUUCUCCAAAACGCAGGAAGCUAGCCUCCGACUACCCCACCGGAAGUUCCCAAGACCAAACACGCGAACCCACAUGCCAAUAAAACUCGCGGCACGUGACAACUCCUCAGCCUCCCUCGUGAACUACAAGCCCAAGUUAGAGGAGCAGCUAAAGCGACUCCCGGAAGCGUGGCGCCAAAUCCAGGGAGAGAGCGACUGGGCCGGCCUUCUGGAGCCCAUGGACCCUCUCCUCCGGGCGGAAUUAAUCCGCUAUGGAGAGAUGGCCCAGGCCUGCUACGACGCCUUCGACUUCGACCCCUUCUCAAAGUACUGCGGCAGCUGCAGGUUCACCCCGCGCGCUUUUUUCCCCUCCCUCCACAUGUCCCACAUCGGCUACCACGUCACCCGCUACCUCUACGCCACUGCCAAUAUAAACCUCCCCAACUUCUUCAACCACUCACGCUGGUCCAAGAUGUGGAGCAAGCACGCCAACUGGGCCGGCUACGUCGCCGUUUCCGACGACGCCACGUCGCGCCGCCUCGGCCGCCGCGCCAUCACCAUCGCCUGGCGCGGCACCGUCACGCGCCUCGAGUGGGUGGCGGACCUCAAGGAUUUCCUCAAGCCAAUCUCAUCCAACGGCGUGCCCUGCCCUGACGAAACGGUCAAGGUGGAAUCAGGGUUUCUUGAUCUCUACACGGACCGAGAAGAAAACUGCGGUUACUGCAAGUACUCGGCAAGAGAGCAAGUUCUAACCGAGGUGAAGAGAUUGUUGGAGAUGUAUAGCAACGAGGAAGUUAGUAUUACGAUAACGGGACACAGUUUGGGGAGUGCGUUGGCGAUUCUGAGCGCUUACGAUAUUGUGGAGACGGGGGUGAACGUGAUGGGGGAUAGCAGGGGCGUUUUGGUAUCGGUGGUGUCGUUUUCGGGGCCCAGGGUGGGGAACAUGAGGUUCAGGGAGAGGUUGGAGGUGGGGCUGGGGGUGAAGGUGUUGAGGGUGGUGAACCUCCACGAUGUGGUGCCUAAGGCGCCUGGGGUGGUCUUUAAUGAGCAGUUGCCGGCGGCGCUGAUGAAGGUGGCGGAGGGGCUGCCGUGGAGCUACUCCCAUGUUGGGGUGGAGCUGGCGUUGGACCACAAGAAGUCGCCGUUUCUUAACCCUAAUGCGGAUGCUGUCUGUGCUCAUAACUUGGAGGCUCUUCUUCAUCUGCUUGACGGAUACCACGGAAAGGGUGAAAGAUUCGUGCUAGCGAGUGGAAGAGAUCCUGCUCUGGUGAACAAGGGAUGUGAUUUCCUGAAAGACCAUUACAUGAUUCCACCAAACUGGAGGCAAGAUGAGAACAAGGGCAUGAUCAGGAGCAAUGAUGGACGCUGGAUGCAGCCUGAGCGACCAAAGCUUGAUGAUCACCCUGAAGAUAUGCAUCACCACCUCAGACAAUUAGGUCUGGCUUCAUCUGAUAUUUGAAUGGAGGUGGAGACUCAACAAGACUCUAUGUUAAUGUUAUUGGACAAAAAUGUAUAGAACCUGCAUGGGCCAGCUAGUGGGACCAAGAUAAAAACUCUGGUCUGGUCCCUCAACCAUUAAAUGUGCCUAAAGUUAAUAGUAAUAUAUAUUGAUAAUUGAUUAUUGCAAAUGUAUAAUAAGCUUUUCUGUAAGCGGUUAGAUCUACAAAUAUACUGGUAUUCGGUGGCGCGAAUUUUUGGGUGGAAACUAAGUACAAGAGAGGUGAUUUUUGUGUAAUUUAGGUUUAUGGUCGAUUGAUUUCUCUUUGCAAUAGUGUUUUAUUUAAGUAUAUAGCGAACCUGUGCCUUUAUAUUUGGAUUCAACUCGGUUAGUAAAUGAUAAUCAUAGGCCAAUUAAAUA